AUGACAGCGAAGCCGCAGAAUAGUAAACAGAGCAUAGCUGAAGGUGAAAUGGAUGUGAGUUCACUUUUCAAAAGAACAGAAGUUAUUGGACGAGGGAAAUUUGGUGUGGUUUAUAAAGGCUAUAACGUGAAAACUAGACGGGUAUACGCCAUAAAAGUGUUAAACUUGGAUUCUGAUUCGGAUGAGGUGGAGGAUGUGCAGCGAGAAAUUCAGUUCUUAGCGUCUUUGAAGCAAAUUUCUAAUAUAACGCGGUAUUAUGGGUCAUAUUUAAAAGACACAAGCCUUUGGAUCAUAAUGGAAUACUGCGCUGGUGGCUCACUUCGUUCAUUACUGAGGCCAGGAAAGAUCGAUGAAAAAUACAUUGGGGUCAUCAUGAGAGAACUACUUGUAGCGUUGAAAUGCAUUCAUAAGGAUAAUGUCAUCCAUCGAGAUAUCAAAGCUGCCAACGUUCUGAUUACCAACGAAGGUAAUGUUAAACUGUGUGAUUUUGGUGUCGCUGCACAGGUAAACCAAACUUCUUUAAGACGUCAAACUAUGGCCGGGACCCCGUAUUGGAUGGCCCCAGAGGUGAUCAUGGAAGGCGUUUAUUACGACACCAAAGUAGAUAUAUGGUCUUUGGGUAUAACAACGUACGAGAUCGCCACUGGGAAUCCACCAUACUGUGAUGUAGAGGCUUUAAGGGCCAUGCAACUAAUCAUCAAGUCAAAACCUCCAAGACUUGAGGGCAGAUCUUACAGCCCGUCUUUGAAGGAAUUUAUUGCACUUUGUCUUGAUGAGGAUCCAAAGGAGAGAUUGUCAGCAGACGAUCUUUUAAGAUCGAAAUUUAUUAAGGCCCACAGGGCUACGCCAACAUCCAUUUUGAAAGAGUUAGUAUCACGGUAUUUACUAUUCAGGGAUAAGAAUAAGAACAAGUAUAGAAUAGAGGGAAGUAUACCUGAGAAUGAACCUUCAAAACCAAGUGAAACUCAAAAUACAUUACAGACUGGUGAAGGUGACAAUGCGCAUAAGUCAAUCGCAUCAAAUGAUAAUGAACUUAAGACAGUAAGCGAAGAGGAUGUAGAAAUGAAAUGGGAUUUUGAUUCAUUAAGUUCUUCGGAUUAUAUCAUCGAGAAUAAUAUCAACCUAGAUGCUCUUGCAGAGGAUACAAACAAUGAGUGGGCAACUGUUCAACAUGAUCAGUUCAACUAUGCGUACCCUGACGAAGAUUCUUAUUACUUUGACCCAACGAAUCACAAUACCAGACCGUUGGUUUAUCAAGGGACAACGAUAGGAAAGGGCUAUCAUGGUACAAUAGCUCAGAAUUCUACAUUAAACGCACCCAUAACCAAUAACUAUACAAACUCAAAAUACCCUUCCAAAAUGGUAGCUGGAACUACGAACACAUCUGGAACACAUACCACCGGUCCAAUGACAUCGUCCAAGAAAUUGGACAAUAAAGCUCCCAAACAAUUACUCGAACUUUUCGAAGACAAUGAAAUUAUUUCGGGAGAGAAUGAUGUCAAUACUGAACCUCCUAAAAUAAACAAAUCCAUUUCAUCUCUGAAUGCUGCUAACAGUUCAAGAGAAGAUUUUAUACCUUCUGUAUCCAACGAAGCUAAUGGGAAUGUUAAUAAUAGCAAAAUACGGCCACAUCUGCCACCUUUGUCGAACGGUAACAAUUAUUAUAGCCAAAGUACGCCUGCUCUGCCACUUCUUCAAACCAAGUUCAACAAGGCAUCAAAAGGCCCUCCAACAAGUGGACUAACUACUGCGCCAACAUCUAUAGAGAUUGAAAUUCCUGAAGAACUACCGAACAGUGCGCUAUUGACACCUGCCAGUGCAGAUCCAGUACUGGUACCAAGCACAAAGGCCAGGUCCUCAACAGUGACAGCAACCACACCUUCUUCAUCUACCUCAGUACAGUACAAACCAUCUUCAAAUGCGCCUAGACGAUUGACGGUCAGUAGUAAUAGACCGGAACAUUGCCCAGGCAAUUCAGCAAACCAAAAAGUAUCUCCUAUGGCUUCUACUACCGGAAUCAACUUGACUUCUUCUAAUAACAAUAACAACCAUAGUAGCAACACCGAUGAUGAGAACUCAAGAGGAAGCAGUGGUAGUAAUACUGCAAAUAGUAUACAAAUAGGCUUAACCAAUGCAGCUAAUACGACAAAGUUAUCUACUCACAAGGCUUCUUCACCUUCAAGGCCAUUGUUUGGAGUGGGCGCUUCUCCCAGUAGGAAACUGGCAAGUUCACCUACCCAAAAUAUCUGCCAUAAUAGUAUUCAUACAAAUCUCGCGCCUCCUCCUACCAUGAAACCGAUGACCAGUAACAAGGAUACCAAGGAUAUUCUCCUGCAACCUUUGAACAGUAUACCUAGUUCUUCUACUAUUAACACUAUUGGUGGCAAUAAUGGGAGUAGUGCGGCGACCUUGAAUUAUUUUUCAAACGAAAAGGAAAGUUCAAGGGUCAAUGGUGACUUCAAGCGCAAUAAUCCAAAUUUAAAACUACAGAUGCCAUUACCCACACCCGUUGUUAGAAAUAAACUUUUAGACCCAAAUGCAGCAGCUCCACCAAACAACAAUGGCAUGCCAGGAAGUGCCGGGAUAUCCACUAACGAAAAUAUUAAUCAAUUUGGGUUCAACACAAGCAGCGCAUCCAACAUCCCCGUAUCAAUGACUCCAAUCAGUGAAAAACAUAUCGAUUUUGGAAGCAAAAUAAAAAGGAGUCAAAGCAUUUCUAACAGGAAGAAUUCUUCUGCCUCGGAACACCCAUUGAAUAUUCUUGGCUCAUCUGUUUCUAGUAACGCUUCCGGUAUAAGCAACAAUGGUGGUUCCAACAAUAGUAUUCCUCUUGCUGUUAGUUCAGGUGUUACAACAGUUAACACUAAUACUACCACCACCGCUGCAAAUUCUGCCUCGGCAGCCACAACAGCUCCAAUUUCACAACAGAGUAUUCCACCCGGAACGCACUUCAAUCAUAUUCUGGGUUCGGCUACAGUGGCUGCAAAUUCGACCAAUUCUUUAGGCCUUGCUAUGUACCCUCCUCCACAGAGUUUACAAAUGGAAAUGUUUUUGGACUUGGAAUCAUGUCUGCCAGGAAAGCAAAGGCGGGUAGACAGAAAACCUCAGGUUUUGAAAGAGCUAGAAAAUCUUUUACAAAUGUUUGAGGAGGGAUUGCCAUGUAUUGAACACGCUUUGAAGGAACAACUAAUAUCCACGCCUAUAAAGGACAAUGAACAUUAA